AUGCAGACUGCUCUAGCAAAACCCCCGCAGAAAAGGCAAGUCAUCUUUCUUGCUAUGCUGUUGUUUUUGUGGGAGGCUGACUCUGAGGCAAUUAGGUAUUCCAUUCCAGAAGAAAUAGAAAGCGGCUACUCUGUGGCCAACCUGGCAAAAGAUCUGGGGCUCAGGGUGGGGGAGCUGGCCACUCGGGGGGCGCGAAUCCAUUACAAAGGCAGCAAACAGCUCUUGCAGCUUGAUGUAAACACCGGCAAUUUGCUUCUACAGGAAAAACUAGACCGGGAGGUGCUGUGUGGGGCUACAGAACCCUGUGUAUUGCAUUUCCAACUGUUACUGGAAAACCCGGUGCAGUUGUUUCAAAUUGAUGUGCAUCUCAUAGAUGUAAAUGACCAUUCUCCAGAGUUCCUAGACAGGGAAAUGAUCCUUAGAAUCCCAGAGAGCCUCCAGCCAGGGUCUGUGUUUGCUUUGAAAUCAGCUCAGGACUUGGACAUGGGUAGCAACAGUGUUCAGAACUACAUAAUCAGCCCCAACUCCUAUUUUCGUGUUGCUACUCACAACCGCGGUGAUGGCAAAAAAUACCCAGAGCUGGUAUUGGACAAAGCCCUGGACCGGGAGGAAGAGCCUGAGCUCAGUUUAACUCUCACAGUGCUGGAUGGUGGGGCGCCGCCCAGGUCUGGGACUGUCACAGUUCGCAUUGAAGUGAUAGACAUCAAUGAUAAUGCCCCCGAAUUUUUACAGUCCCUGUAUGAGGCACAGGUUCCUGAGAACAGUCCCAUAAACUCGUUAGUUCUUGUUGUCUCUGCUCGAGAUAUAGAUGCAGGAACUUAUGGGCGUGUAUCCUACUCUUUACUAGAAGGUGAUGAAGUUUCUCAACCAUUUGUAAUACACGAAAAAACAGGAGAAAUUCAUCUGCAAAGAGCAUUGGAUUUUGAAGCAACCCGACAUUAUAUCGUAGAAAUUGAAGCAACAGAUGGUGGAGGCCUUGUGGGAAAAUGCACAAUGGCCAUAGAAGUGGUGGAUGUGAAUGACAAUGCUCCUGAACUAACCAUGUCCACACUCAGCAGCUCUAUCCCAGAAAACUCCCCAGAGGCUGUAGUUGCCAUUUUCAGCGUUUCUGAUCCAGACUCUGGGGACAAUGGUAGGAUGGUUUGCUCCAUAGAAAACGAUCUCCCCUUCUUCUUGAAACCCGCAUUUAAGAAUUUUUAUACCUUGGUGACAGAGAGGCCGCUGGACAGAGAGAGCAGAGCAGAGUACAACAUCACCAUCACAGUCACUGACUUGGGGUCACCUAGGUUGAAUACCGAGUACAGCAUAACUGUUGUCAUCUCAGACGUUAACGACAACUCCCCUGACUUUACACAAACCUCCUAUAUGCUGUUAGUGCGCGAGAACAACAGCCCUGCCCUACACAUAGGCAGUGUCAGAGCCACAGACAGAGAUUCAGGCACCAAUGCCCAGAUCACCUACUCGCUGCUGCCAACCCAGGACCCACACCUGCCCCUCGCCUCGCUGAUCUCUAUCAACGCAGACAAUGGGCAGCUGUUUGCGCUGAGGGCGCUGGACUUCGAGGCCCUGCAGGCAUUCGAGUUCCGCGUGGGCGCCACAGACCAAGGCUCGCCAGCACUCAGCAGCCAGGCGCUGGUGCGAGUUGUGGUGCUGGACGACAAUGACAACUCGCCCUUCGUGCUGUACCCAAUGCAGAACGCCUCUACGCCCUGCACCGAGCUGGUACCCAGGGCGGCAGAGCAGGGCUACCUGGUCACCAAGGUGGUGGCAGUGGACAGAGACUCGGGCCAGAACGCCUGGCUGUCAUACCAGCUGCUCAAGGCCACGGAGCCCGGGCUGUUUGGCGUGUGGGCGCACAAUGGCGAGGUGCGCACCGCCAGGCUGCUGAGCGAGCGCGACGCGGCCAGGCACAGGCUGGUGGUGCUGGUCAAGGACAAUGGCGAGCCUCCGCUGUCUGCCAGCGUCACGCUACACGUGCUGCUGGUGGAUGGCUUCUCCCAGCCCUACCUGCCGCUCCCGGAAGAGGCGCCAGAGCGCGCGCAGGGGGACUUGUUCACUGUCUACUUGGUCAUCGCCUUGGCCUCUGUGUCAUCGCUCUUCCUCUUCUCUGUGCUGGUGUUCGUGGCGGUGAGUCUGUGCAGGAGGCGCAGGGCGGCGCCGCUGGGUGUCUGCUCUGUGCCUGAGGGCCACUUUCCUGGCCACCUGGUGGAUGUUAGCGGCACUGGGACCUUGUCCCAGAGCUACCAGUAUGAGGUGUGUCUUGCUGGAAACUCUGGGUCUGGUGAGUUCAAGUUCCUGAAACCAAUAUUCCCCAAUCUCUUGCUUCAGAACACUGGGAACUAA